CAUCUGUAAAUACUGACAUUUUUCCACAGUCUGGUAUUGAAUAGAGGAUAUUGCCACCACACACAUGUCUUUUGAAACGUACCAUAGACAGUACUAAAUCAUUUGCAGUAACCAGGUAUGACAGCAGGUGGUAGUAGCUUCAUAGAGUGUCACGUGUAAUAAACUGAGAGAAGCACCGAGGAAGAGAAGACGAAGAAGAAGGCGACCAUGUUGAUUUAAAGGAAGAAGAAACACAAUAGAGGAGAUUUAAUUCAAGUAAAAACCAGUUAAUAAAGCGAAUUGUGAAGGAAGUAGUUCAUCAACCGCACACCGAUUAUACCUUGUAAAAUAACAGAGGAACUAAGGUUACAAGUUUGAGUUGUUGGCUGAGGAGGUAGCGGGUUGAUCACAGCCGCACUCAAACAGUUCACACACCGACCGGCAGACCUGUGGUGUCUGGGGAGAGAGGGUCGAACACCUGGAGGUGAAAGGAAACGCACACUGAGGACUCAAAAGGGGAGGAAAGCUUUUUGGCUUUGGACUAGAAACCCCCUUGUAUUUGUGAAUUCAGGAUCCAGUUUUUUUUCACACAGUGGAGCGACAUAUCCACACAGUGGAAACAAACGGAGAGCAUUACAGACUAUAUGAUAUUGGGGGAAAAAGUGUACAAAGUUGGACAUACUUUUUUGCAAAAACAGGGAUAUUGAGCAACUCUAUGGACUCAACGUGGAAAGAGGAAAUAUUGAUCAAUUUAGAAACAGAAGUUUAAGCAUUGAACUAAGAUUAUAUCGAAGAGGCUGUUCCCCAAGUUCAGAUUGCCUUAGUUGUUCUAUUCAGGACUUGAACCGCUUUGAUACUUGUUCACAUAUAAUUUUUCUAUAUUGUGGGCAAGUAUAUUCAUGCAUAUGAAUGCCAAUUUCUCUUCAUUUUGAAGAGCUCUUGUGUAAAAACGUGUUGUUUUUUUUUGUUGUUGUUUUUGUACGUCAGUCACUCUGUUGUUGAAGGGGACCGAACUGCACGUACAUGUGUAUAUGUAAAUACUACCAAUUGACUUCAGUUGUGAAAGCUUUGGACUUAAAAAGAAUAGAGAAUAUUGUUUGUUAAUGCUUUAUUAAACUUUUUUACUUUUGAAGAGAAUUUUUAAAAAGAAAAACCUAAGAGGCAAAAAUCUAAUACUUUGAAGAAAAAACAAAAGCAAGGAAAACGGGACAAAAUGGCAACCGCCAGAACAGAAAACAUUGGCCCAGUCGUCAUGGGACUGAACAAGCAGAACGGGCAGCUCAGAGGACAGACCAAACCAGCUUCAGUCCAGUCAGCAUCCACAACUCAAGGAAAGGCUUUGGGUGCCCCCCAGAUAGCAGGCAGUGCCGCUCAGGAUGGAGGAGGCAUCAAGUUUGGAGAUGACUGGAAAAAGAGCCUGAAGCUCCCACCCAAAGACACCAGGGUCAAAACCUCAGAUGUGACGUCCACUAAGGGGAAUGAAUUUGAAGAUUACUGUCUCAAAAGAGAACUCCUGAUGGGCAUCUUUGAAAUGGGAUGGGAGAAACCUUCGCCUAUCCAGGAGGAGAGCAUUCCCAUUGCUCUUUCUGGACGGGAUAUUCUGGCUCGGGCUAAGAACGGAACAGGGAAAAGUGGAGCCUAUCUCAUCCCACUGCUGGAGAGAAUAGACCUGAAAAAGGACCACAUACAGGCACUGGUCAUGGUUCCCACCCGUGAGCUGGCUCUGCAGGUUAGCCAGAUCUCCAUCCAGAUCAGCAAACACCUGGGGGGAGUCAAAGUCAUGGCCACCACCGGGGGCACCAACCUGCGAGAUGACAUCAUGCGCCUGGAUGAGACCGUGCAUGUGGUCAUCGCCACGCCUGGUAGGAUCCUGGACUUGAUAAAGAAGGGAGUGGCAAAGGUGGAUAGAGUCCAGAUGAUGGUGAUGGAUGAGGCCGACAAGCUGCUGUCUCAGGAUUUUGUGGUGCUCAUCGAGGAUAUCAUCAGCUUCCUGGCCAAGAACAGGCAGAUCCUGCUCUACUCUGCGACCUUCCCCAUCAGCGUGCAGAAGUUCAUGGCCAAGCACCUUCAGAAACCCUACGAAAUAAACCUGAUGGAGGAGCUGACUCUGAAGGGCAUUACUCAAUACUACGCCUACGUCACAGAGAGGCAGAAAGUCCACUGCCUCAACACACUGUUCUCCAGGCUUCAGAUCAACCAGUCGAUUAUCUUCUGUAACUCCACUCAGAGGGUGGAGCUCUUGGCCAAGAAAAUCACUCAGCUGGGCUACUCCUGUUUCUACAUCCACGCCAAGAUGAUGCAGGAAUACAGAAACCGCGUGUUUCACGACUUCAGAAAUGGACUGUGCAGAAACCUGGUCUGCACUGAUCUCUUCACCAGGGGUAUUGACAUCCAGGCUGUCAAUGUAGUCAUCAACUUCGACUUCCCCAAGAAUGCUGAGACUUACCUUCAUCGUAUUGGAAGAUCAGGGAGGUUUGGUCACCUGGGCUUGGCCAUCAACCUGAUCACAUCAGAGGACCGCUUCAACCUGAAGUCCAUCGAGGAUCAGCUGGUGACCGACAUCAAGCCCAUUCCCAGCAGCAUCGACAAGAGCCUCUACGUGGCCGAGUUCCACACGUCUGGAGGCGAUUGCGAUGUGGAGGAGAUCGAGGAGAAACCGGGACGCCAACAGGACAGCGCCUAAAAACAGGACGCUAUGGGCUUUUGCACAGACAUCAGCUCUUGCACACAGGCAACUCUUCAGUUUCAAAUUUCUCCCAGAGCCUGUCGAAAGGACGUUUAUGUUAUUUUUAGCAUUUCCUUAUCUUUUCCUCAAAAAGAGAUGCCUCAUUCUUUUUUCCAUAAUUAAUUGAGAAACCAUAUUGUUUUGCACCAAAUUCAGAAACGACCAUGCAUGCCGUGUAUAAGCUUAGGUUUGGUUUUUUUCUCAGUUAUCUUGGUUAGAUGGCCCUCAGCUGUUCUGAACAGAGACAGCGGUGCAAAAGAGUAUCAAAGCUGUUCUGAAGCCGUCGUUCUGGGAGACAGUUGUCAUCGUCAGCAGCGAGGUCGGCCUCUUUUUAACGUCACAAUGGUGCACUCACACCAGCCAUCGUUCUGUCCACUUAACACUGUUGUCCUCACUCAAGUGCCUUACUUACUCCCAUGUGCACUCAUCCAUUCAUAGCCUGCUGUCGUCUGUCAUGCAGCAGAGUACGAGCACAAAUACGAUGAAUUUAAUAGUAACCCGAGUUUAUUUAAACAUCCAUUAUGCAAGGGAAAAAGACAAUACACACACACACCCACACGCUCUCUGUCCUGCUGAGUGGUGUGUAGUAACGCGGCUCAAACUCCGUAAAAACCAUCCUGAAUGUGAACGUUUAUUUUUAAUGUGAACGUUGCAAUAAAGAAAAACGGGCAGCUUAAUUUAAAUACUGCGUGACUGUUUUUCCCCUCUCACUAUGAAUAAUACAUGAGCAGAGUUAAUACGAGAACACUGCUAGAGACACACGCCCCCAUACUGAUUCAUGGAUGUUAGCCUGGAACCACACAGACAGCCAGAGAGGAGUAUCCGCCUCAUGCUGUUAUAUUUUGGCUGUUGCUGGUGAGUCGGCCUGCAGACGGCUUCUCUCUGGAGGUUCUUUUUACAUAAAGAAAACUCACAAUGGGCUGGUGAAUACUGUAAACCUGUCGGGCUGCUGUAGCUGUGAAACUGGUUUCCUCUCCUGCUUGCUGCUGCAGCACAGGACUAAUGCAUCAGAAACUGGUUCAGAGCAGCUUUGAUACUAACAUCUGCCAGAGUAUAGACAGGUCCAAGGAAUAAAUCGUUUUUGUGGAAGUUGGUGCAAAACAAUCUAUUUUACUUUCUUUCUUUCUUUUUUUUUUGCUGACUGCUUCAGAGUCUUAUUGUGUGGGGAAUACAAGUUGAAAUUAUUUACUGGAGCAUUUAUUUCCCCCAAAGACUGAGGUUAAACUUUCUUUUUAAGCCCCAUCUUAACAAAAUUGAAGUUGGUGAAUGUAUUAGUUGCCAAUGUGAAUACUCUCUAGCCCGGAGGUUGAAUGCCAAGCUCUCGACUUGUAUCGCUGCUGUUGCACUAGGAACUCCUCUUCAGGCUUUGCUUUCCUGAAACGUUAUACUGGAUAUGAAACGGUUUGAUGGACCGAGGAGUGGUGGAAUCUGCUCAGUGACCUUCAUUUGAACUACUACUAAAACUAGAAAAGUCUUUCUUUCUGCAGCGGCAGCGAUAUCUUUUUAUUUAAAUUUGUCUUCUUUGUUUCCCCCGGCACAGCUAUGUUUUAUGAUUCUUAACGUGAGGGGUUGGGCUCUGUGUUUUUGAAAGCAAAAUUGUAGCAUCUCUGAACAGGCAGCUGUGACUUCUUUGUUUUUGUCCUCCCCUUUACAGCGCGUCACUAAUGAUAAAAAAAGACAUAAAAAAGAGUAUUUUUGCUUUUUAAGAUUUAUUUUUGAUGUUGCUUAAAGCAGUUUGAAGAGGGGAGGGAGGGGACUGUGAGGCUUCAGCACUGGGUUACUUGUGGAGGGGUUUUUUUUGAGGGGGGGUGGGUUUGCAGGAGCCAAGUGGUUUAUCAGAUGCACUCUGGGCGUCUUGAAUCUUUGCGUCUCUCUGGUACUUAGAGCAAAUAUAAAAGCUUUGAUUUAAGUUUUGUUUUUUUUCCUCAAAAGUACACAAAACAUCUUUGUUUUCUUGUGUUUUAAGUGCCAGAGAGAGUAUUAAGUUGUACUGGAGAGCGUUCCUGGAAAGAAUUGAAGCACUCUGAUCUUCUGGAACCUGUUCCAUGUUUGUGUGACGGAUGAUCAAAGUGUUUUUUUGAGUUUGUUUUUUUAAGACACUCAAUCCAUUUUCCACUAGGGCAAUCUUUAUACGAGGUGUUAUGAAUCAUUUUGAGGAAACAAAAUUGUAAAUGAUUCAUUGUUUACACUAGUCGUUUACAAUUAUACAAAAAAAAGAAAAUACUUUGCUUCAUGAGUGGAGGAGGAGGUUGGAUUUUUUUUAUUCCCUUUUUUUUUUUCCUUGAAAUAGAUUUUCAGGAUUUACAUUGAAGCAAAACCAAAAAAGGAGAAUGUCGUAUGUAUGUGAGAAACGUGCAGGUAUGUGUGUUUGAGUGAGCUGAGGCGUGUGUGUGAGAGACAUGUGAGUGUGAGAGUUGCAGGAGACUGUGUGAAAAAAGUGUGUGUGUUAUGAGUGUGAGAGAAAAGACAUGAGAUGUACGUUUGAAGCCUCGACAGGCUGAAUUUUGUUAAGAAUCAUUACGUUUACAUGCAGCUAAAACCUGUAAAAGUCGGAUAGUUUCAGAGACUAAAGAGCCAACUUGGUUACUCCUGUGGAUGACCGGUGAUUUGGAUUAAGAUUAAUACUAUCCCAUCAAACAGUUUGAGGCUGCAUGUAAGUGUAAUUAUUUGAUGUCUAUUUGUUUGUUUGUUUCUGUGUUUUCAUGUGCAGACUGUUUUUGUCAGCGGUGUGCAACGUCUUAGAUAUCAGUGUGGAGGAUGUUUACAGUUGUCAGGGAUGGGAUUUUUGUUUCUCCGUUUUCUAUCGCCCUCUUCCUCCAGGAGCUUCAGUUUUGUCGACUAAAAUCUCAGUUCUAAUGACAAAUCUCCACUUUUCUGUUCUUAUUAUUCUGUUUUAUGUCCAGGAUCACGUCCCUGACAGUCACUCCAUCAUCUCCUUUGUGACCCAAAUUACAGCAGAGAUUACACUUGGCGCUAUAGCUGGUGGGGAUAGCUGUGGAAAUGACAUGUUCAGUUUUGGAAAGGGUUAACAUGGAUACCUCCUGACCAUCAUCAUUAACUAAAUAUUAGACUUAAUCCCAAGAAUUGGCUCUAAAAAAAAAAAAACCUCUCCACCCCUUAAAGUAAAACUACCCUUUAUUAUAAAUUCAUUCAACUUUUUUGUAGCUCCGGCCAUUUAAUCUGAUGACUGGAGCUACCAAACUAAAGAUCUUGAGUAAAGUUGUGCGUCACAAAGGAGCUUGACUGCAGUUAUGAAUGUUGAGUGAUUCUGUUUGUUUUUUUUGUCAUCUGGUCAUGUUGAGACAUCUUUGUUUGUGUGCGUGUGUGUGUGUGUGUGUGCGUGUGUGUGUGUGUGUGUGUGUGUGUGUGUGUG